AGUAAAUUCGACAUGCUCGUCACGUCAUUAUUGGUCAUAGUGGUUGUCAUGAAUUGAUUGAUCAAGUGGUGUUUGUAUCAAGUGCCCAAUAAAUUUUAUAAACAUAUGUUGAACUUAGCAAAAUGGUUUUACUCGAAAACGAUGCGUUUUUAGUGGAGCUAACACGACUUUUCGACAAAUCUCGAAUUUCUGGUUCUGUUGUACUAACUAUUAAGAGGUUUAAUGGACAUAAUAAACCAGUACCUAAAGCAGGAAGGCCUCCAUUACCGACACCGAGUGAAUAUCUCUGUUUAGUAAGGGCAACCUUACGAUCCAAGAAAAUUUCUACUGUUAUUCAUUCUAAGGAUGUAAAUAAAUUUCAACAAGCAUAUUGGAAUCUUUUAAAGACAAAUAUUAAUGGUCUUAAAAAAUUAAAGAAAGUUAAAUCUGCGAAGCCUAAAGUUCAUUGAUAUUAUAAUAUUAAUUCUGUAACAUUUAUAUAUUAUAUAUUAUUAUUGAAAUUUUUGUGCAUAUCUUUGUAUAACGGAAAAUAUAAUUUUCUUAAUGUGUAUUGCAAUAGUUUAGAAGUACUGCUUAAGAAAUAAACAACACUUUGUGUAAAUAAUGACAAUACAAAUAAGUUGUUUAACGA